AUGAGCCUGAUCAUUGACUACUCCAACCCACUCCCUCUCCCCACCCACACUCCUGUGCCAAAGGCCUGGAUGCACUUUGGCAACCAGUUCACCAUGGCUGACAAUUGUGCUGCUGAGAACAAGAAUGUCUUCAUGCUUGCCUUCCUCAGUCUCCUGGUCAGCCUUGAUAUGUUCCAAGAGGUCUACCUGAGCUUUCUGUUGGUUGGGCAUACACAUGAAGACAUUGACCAGCUCUUCUCCACUGCUCAGACAAAGUUCCAUACCUCUUCCAUUCACACCCCAAGGUAA